AUGCCACUGUCUAUCUCAACAAUACACUCGAGUCGAUUGAAAACAAUCACAUUCCAGGUUUAUAUUGUUGGUAUACAUUUGGGAAACUUCACCGAAAAAGACGAGAUAAUUCGCCUGAAAUUCUCACAACUGCUCAUUGAUUUCAUCAAUAAGGGUGAUCCAUCACCGCCUCAUAUGCACUGGAGUGCGCUACGAUUGCAUCAACUGAAUUAUUUUUCCAUCGAUUUCGACGAGCAAAAUAAUAUGCCGGGUAUGAAAUACGGAUAUCAUGCACACGAGAUUGCAUUUUGGAAUCAAACAAUUCGAAGGGCUGGACACGGUCGAAAAGCACUUAAGGAUGAAGCAUUGCUUCAGUCAAGCACAACUGCUGAUCUAGUAGGUAUACCAUCACCUGACAAAUACUGCACUGAUGCCAGAAGUAAGAACUUAUCGACGAAGGAUAAUUCACGGGGACUGAUCAAAAAACAAUUUCGUACUCGAUCGCUAGAACUCGAUUCGUCAGUAGUGGCAGUCCAGCCGAAUGACACGAAACCCAGUCUACAGAAUGUCGACGUGGUUGUAUGGUUGCUGAUGCUUCUCUCGUUUUUCUCAACAAUAAUCUUCUCGGCGACAUGUGCAACAUUCUUGGUUGAACGAAGCCGUAUCAAAGAGUAUGAACGACUUGACUGA